CAUCUCCCCAUCACUUAAAAGUAUAAUAAUGCAUUUGAAGCCUGAGUUCUACAAUCAACUCACUGCAGCUAUGUACUUCUUUAAGGAUUUCGCAGUUCUUCUCUAUGCAUACUCCAUCGCGAUGGGAGGAGUAGCUGCCGCAGCUUCUCAUUGCUCCCAAAGCGUUGCGACGGCUGGCGGUGGCCAACCGAACAGUAUUUUGCCGGCAGACAUCUCUGCCAAUGCUAAGAAUGGGCUUCAAUUCGCGCACUUUCUCAAAAACGUGCAAGUCGCUUUCUUCAACGCGGGCUUAAAAAAUCUCACCGAAUGGGGCACCAGUGAGCUGCGCAAUGAUACCAUGGAAAUUGUUAGCAAGAUUGCAGCUCAAGAAGAAGUCCAUGCUUCCAGUAUCGAGAACAUUCUACAACUUUACAACGAAACUCUGGUUCUACCCUGCAAUUACUCUUUUCCAGUUACUACUAGUAAAGAAUUCUUCGAUCUCGCCCAUAUCAUUACGUCUGUUGGUAUUGGCGCAACGAUUGGACUUAAUGAGCGCCUAGCAAUUACGGAUCCUUCGCUUGUGAAGCCAGUAUCAUCCAUACUGACGGUUGAAUCACGGCACGAUGCGUUUCUUCGGCAUGUCCGCGGCGCAGUACCAAAUCCAGCGCCAUUUGAUACCGGUAUAAGCCCUAUCUGGGCGUACAAUCUUGGAUUGUCAUUUAUUCAGCCUGGUUCUUGUUCAGUCGAGCUUCCCAUACCGAUACUUCCGAGAUUAGCCGUCUCUCAGCAUUCCGGCGCAUUAUACAGUAAUGGCACUGAAAGCAAGGGUACGAAGGAGUUCAUGUGGGAUCCUACCCAAAUGCCAUUCGUCACCGAAGCUGGGAAGCCAUUAUGUAUCGGAUGGGUUAACCAGCUUCAAAAGCCAGUUUAUACACCACUAAAUAUUAUAACAAAGGGAAGAGGAACCACAGAUGUACCCCAAGGUUUUAACGGAGUGGCAUUUGCGGUGGUAACCGUUCAGCAGCCAGACGAUGUGAAUGAUCUUGCCACUGCGGCCCUGGCUGGACCAAUGGCCAUUGCUCUCUCGUAG